AUGCUGUCGCGCACCUCAACAAGAGCCUUUCCAGCUCUGCGAUGGGCAACACGCCCCUGUGUCUCAUCUUCUAUCGCAACUGUCGCUCCUCUUGCAGCAAGAGACUUCCACCUGGAAUCGAAAGACAUCCCAAAGUUCCUCACUGAAGCAGGAGUGUCUCUUCCAUCUUCAGUCAAAGUCGAGUCCGCUUCCUCAACCACUCCGGCUGAAGGAGUAGCAAUCCUUAUCUCAGCCGAUCGCGAACCUCAAUUAACCUGGCCCAACGAUGAAGGCAAAGGAAAGUUCUUCGGACCAAGCAUUCUUUCCGCUACCGUCUCUUCCCUCUCCUCCCUCGAUAGCACAUACUUCGGUCGUGGUGGACUAGGACUCCUCAACUUCCGUCGGCAAAAUCCAGAAGCAAUCGCACAUGCUACUCUCCGCUCAAGCACUUCCACCCUCCCCUCUUCCACCCUCGACUCUCUUGUUCACGGCCUGGGCUCAGAAGCUCGCACAGUCAUCCAAGAGCUCUGGAAAGUGUUUGACACUCAUGAAGGACUCUGGUUCACGUUCAUCCUCUCCCCUUCCUCAUCUGGACUUUCACUCCUCAACCCCUACCUGGAGUUCGAUGACUUCAGCAUCCGACGACAACCCAUCCUCCAACCCUACCAUACCUCUCGCCCACGAGACCCGAACACAGCCCGCGCAGAGGACGGCGGUCUGUUCUAUGUCAAACUCUCCCAAAUCUCUUCUCCUACACCCCUCACCUCCUCCAGAAAAGAACCGGAAGGCAACGUCGGCUGCUUCGGAUAUGGAGCAGGAAACGCAAUGGCCACCAUGGACGGUCUCAACAUUGCGGGUGGUAGACCAGCAAACUUCCUCGACGGUGGAGGGGGAGCCAAUCGCACCAACGCAAAACUUGCAGUUGAGACGCUGAAUAGAGAUGAAGCGGUGAAAGCGAUCUUUGUAAACACCUUCGGAGGGAUUACUCGAACGGAUAUUGUCGCGCAAGGGAUCAUCGAUGCGGCGAAGGAGGAUAAUAUUACGAAACCGAUUGUGGUCAGGAUGAAGGGGACGGGUAGUGAAGAUGCGAAAAAGACACUGGAAGAGUCUGGGUUGGAGUUUGCGUUUUAUGAUGACUUUACUGCUGCUGCUGCACAUGCAGUUAGGGCUGCUAAUCAGGGGCAUCUCUAG